AUGGCGGACGAGUCGGCGGCAGCGCCGCUUCGCCUGGUUAACUUCGUAUCGGAAGAGCAGUUGAUUCAAUCGAAGAGGACAAGAGGCGAACGUGUCGAAGACGAAACCGCCUCUAGGGACAGGCCAUUGUACGAGAUUAUGGAGAGGUUUUUUAAACCUAAACGUUUUCGUGAGAGUUCUUCCAAUGAUCCUAAUAUUAGUGAAGUUGUGGAAAUUCAAUCUCAUGUGGAAUUAAAUGUAAAUGAUAUUGUUAGUGAUCCUGGAUUACGAAAAUCAAUUGAAGAGUUUGAUAUUUCUAUUCGAGAUCAAGGACUGUCUUUCCGUGGACAUGAUGAGUCAAGUAAUUCUUUAAAUAGAGGAAACUUUCUUGAAUUGAUUCAAUGGUACAGUCAACGAAAUGAGGAAGUUUCAAAGGUUGUUAAUCAAAAUGCUCCCGAAAACAAUCAAAUGAUUCCUCCAACAAUUCAAAAAGACCUUACGCAUGCUUGUGCUUCUGAGAUCACACUUUCCAUAAUCAAAGAUAUUGGAAACAAUGUUUUCUCCUUAAUGGUUGAUGAAUCUCGAGACAUUUCAGUGAAGGAGCAAAUGGGAGUUAUUUUGAGAUAUGUGAACAAAAGAGGACAGGUGAUUGAACGAUUCCUUGCAAUUGUACAUGUAUCUGACACUAGCUCUCGUUCUUUGAAGGAUGCUAUCGAUGCUUUAUUUGUGAAACAUGGAUUAUCAUUAUAUAGACUGAGAGGUCAAGGAUAUGAUGGAGCUUCAAAUAUGCGGGGUGAAUUCAAUGGGUUGAAAUCUCUCAUUUUGCAAGAAAAUCCAUAUGCAAGGGAAGAAGGAUGGCAUAUAAUUAUAGAUAAAGUCAACACAUUUUGUGAGUUGAAUGAUAUCCCAGUGCCGGAGAUGAAAGACAAUUGUUUGAUUGGUGGUCGUAGUAGACGUCGAAAGCAAGUCAUCACCAAUUUAUAUUAUUAUCGUGUGGAGAUUUUCUAUCAGGUUGUUGAUUUAGUUAUACAAGAGAUGAAUACUCGUUUUUCAGAAGUUAGCACAGAAUUGCUUAGUUGUUUAGCAUGUCUUCAUCCAAGGAAUUCUUUUUCUGAAUUCAAUGUUCAGAAACUCGAUCCAAAUUUUUCUGGAAUUGAAGAUUUGGGAAGUUUUGCUCAGAAAAUUGUUGAAACUCUAAAAAAUCAAGCUUAUCCAUUGGUUUAUCGUCUGAUUGAGAUGACAUUAGUUUUACCAGUUGCGACCGCUUCUGUUGAAAGAGUAUUUUCUGCAAUGAAGAUGAUAAAGACUGAUUUACAUAACAGAAUGGGAGACGAGUGGAUGAAUGACAGUCUAGUCGUAUACAUCGAGAAAGAUAUCUUUUCAACAAUUGAAAAUGAGCAAAUAUUGCAGCGUUUUCAAAAUAUGAAAAGCCGCAGGAUGCAGUUGCCUCCUCUUUCUUAUCCAACGACCACCUAA